GCGACGUAAUUGAUUCAUUUGUCAAUUUUGUAAUAAUUUUUGCAUAAGUGAAAACGAAGAAAAAAAACUCAUAAAUUGCAAAUAUUAAAUUAAAGGGCAAAUACGACGAGUUUGAGGAGUGAACUUGAACCUCAAAUUAAUCAAUAAUUUCAAUAUAAAAAUUUAUACAAUAAAAGGAAAAAUUAAAAAGAAAAAUCUAUGGUUAUGGUUGAGGUGGUACUAAUCCUAGCAGCCUUACUGCUCGGAUUUUAUUGCAAUGUGAACAGACACUUCAUUUUGUCUAAGUGCCUCAAACCGCUACUGGAGCGCCAGGAAUUUAUAAAAUUUAACACAACACAGAAUGGCUACCAACAGCCAAACGCCAACGAUCCAAGACCUAAAGACACAAUCUGGGAUAUACCAGGACCAGCAGCGAAUACAAGUUUCGGCUUCAAAUGGUUGCGAAAUUUAUUUACGCGUGACUUCAAAAUGUCCAAACUACACGAAGUGUACACGGAAUUAAAUCUUCAGUAUGGCGAUAUUGUGCGUGAGGUUAAAGGUGGCGGCAUACCAGUGGUGCACCUAUUUAACAAAAACGAUCUCGAAAAGGUGCUAAAGUACCCCAGUAAAUAUCCAUUUCGACCACCUACCGAAAUAGUUGUUACCUAUAGACGCUCACGUCCUGAUCGUUAUGCGAGUAUUGGCAUUGUCAAUGAACAAGGCCCCACUUGGCAUAAAUUACGUUCUUCGCUAACUUCAUCUAUAACUUCUCCACGUAUAAUACAACAUUUUUUACCUGCCCUCAAUAGUAUUUGUGACGACUUUAUAGAUUUAUUACGCAAAGAACGUGAUCCAUUGACAAAUGAAGUUCGAAAUUUCGAAGAUAUAGCAAAUUUAAUGGGCUUAGAGGCGGUUUGCAUGUUUAUACUCGGUCGCCGUAUGGGAUUUCUGACGACAAAGUCAAAGCAACCAAAGAAGAUACAAACACUGGCUGUGGCUGUGAAGCAAUUGUUUAUCGCGCAACGUGAUUCUUAUUACAGUUCAGGAUGGUGGAAACUGUUACCGGGCAUGGUUUAUAGAAAAUUUGCACGUUCCGAAGAAAUUAUUUAUGAUGUUGUGUCUGAGAUGGUUGAUAAGGCUUUAGAAGAAGAUAGUAACACUUUAAUGCAUGAUGAUAAUGACACGGCUUUGCGUAGUGUAUUUCUAAAUAUACUGGAAGUCAAGGACUUAGAUAUACGGGAUAAAAAAUCUGCUCUAAUCGAUUUUAUAGCUGCAGGCAUUGAAACUCUGGCAAAUACAUUAAUAUUUAUUUUGAACUCCGUCACUACGGCUUCAAAUGCCGCUGAACGCAUCAUUGAAGAAUUUCGCGAAUAUCGCAAUACAAACAUAACCCAGGAAGCGUUAACGAAUGCAUCAUUUACCAAGGCGUGUCUGCAGGAAUCCUAUCGAAUACGUCCAACUGCAUUUUGUUUGGCCAGAAUACUUGAGGAAGAUAUGCAGUUGUCGGGAUACAAUAUAAAAGCAGGGACUGUUGUGCUUUGCCAAACAAUGACUGCCUGCUUGAAAGAGUCUAAUUUCCAAGAGGCACAUAAAUAUCGUCCAGAACGAUGGCUUGAUCCCGCUGGAAAUUUUUCAGUCAACAAUCAAAGUUCUUCGACAAUUGUUGUGCCAUUUGGCAUUGGAAAAAGAACAUGUCCGGGCAAAAGAUUUGUUGAAAUGGAAAUUGUUCUGCUAGUGGCUAAGCUUCUGCUCGCUUUUGAUAUUAGUUUUAAAAAACCGCUUGAAAUGGAAUUUGAAUUUUUGCUCGCCCCUAAAACGCCACUAAAUUUAGUAUUACGAGAUCGAACAUUUUGAUCUCUUCUCAUAGCGCUGCCAGUUGUAAAUAAAAAAUUAUUAUUUAUAUUUAAAAAAAACAGACAAAAAUAUCAUGAAGUUAAUUAAACCUAAGUAGAAAUUAAAUAAAUUGUAUUUAUAAUUUAAGAAGGUAAAAAGUGAAAAUAUUUUGUAACAAAAGACUGUAACUGUGUAUUUAUAAGUAAGAAUUUAUUUAUUUUGUGA